UUUUUUCUUCUCUUUGUUCAGUGUGUGAGAAAGAUUUUCACUCUUGAAGAAAUAAACUAGCAGGCGGUUCCGAUUCGAAAAGGUUUAUAAGAUGUAUCCGGCCUACAGAUGCAUGGACUCGUUUCCCCAUCAGAGAAAUCAAAUGCCAUAUACACAGCAUUAUUAUCCGAGCUUCGAAGGUAUUCCAUAUCCACCUCAGGUCAAUGUGGAUCCAUCUAAGUCUCCUAUAACAUAUGAAACCUGGCCUUAUGGUGGCAGCUAUGGUUGUUCAAUUCCUGUGGGAUGUCAUGGUUGUUGCAACCAUAACCAUUUCCCAAGUUAUGGUGGUUUCAGACCUCCUUAUCCUCAUUUUCCAUCGCCAUCACCGUUUCAGUGUCACGGAGGUUAUCCUUCUUUCCCAGAAACCUAUCCUGUUCAUUAUGUUCCUUUCGCACAUUAUUCAGUGGAUCAGCCAUGAUUUGAAUAUAAAAAGAAUCACUGUUGUGGAUGCCCUAAUCACUCGUGCAAUAAGAAAGAAGAUAAGCAUGUAAAGAUUGAAGAACAGGAACCAGAGGUCAAAAACAAAAGCAAUCAUUCUUUGGUCUCCGUUGAGUUUAAAAAUUACCCAUAUCCAAUUGUAUGGAUUCCUCCAGAAGACAUGAAGAAUAGAGAGCAAAGAGAUAGUACUGCGCCAAAGUUAAAGCACGGGGACGAGUAUCCUCCUGAUAUGAGAGCCCAUGAAAAUUUGGAACAUUUGGAACACGAGCCUAAUGUCAGGAGCGGGUGGUUUCCAUUUGACAUCAACAACAUGGGAUCUCUGAAGCAUGGAGGUGAUAGAAACAAAGUUCAAGAUCAGCCAAAUGGCGAUAGAAAUAGAGCUCAAGAUCAACCAAACGUGGACAAGAAUCAAUUUCAAUUUCCGAUAUUUUGGUUGCCUUACAAGCAUGAAGAAGAUGAAACAAGGGGCGAUAAAGAGGCAAAAGCGGAUCACGAAUCUGCUGAAAGAUCAUCUCCCAAUUUGAAGGUUGCGUCGGCACAACUUCCUAGCAGCAAGGUUGGUUUGAAGGCGACGGAAAACAAUGUCAAUGGGAAGACAAAUGAUGUCAAGCAACAGGAAGAGCUACACAAUACGGGGAAGACCGAGGAAGGUGAGGGAAAAGCCAGAGGCAUUACUGUGAAGGAGAUAGAACAUAGUGGAGAUAAGAAGCCUUCUGAUGAUGGUACUAAAAGACAGUCUCCUUCUCCACAAAAGACGUCUAAGCUACCUCCGGUUUGUUUGAGAGUUGACCCCUUGCCAAAGAGGAAAAACAGUCAUGGUGAUUCGAGGUCUCCUAGUCCCAGUCACAAAGAAAAAGCACAGGAAGCAUUUGGUGAUAGGUCCGAGUCCACCUCAUCAAUAAAAGAGAGUGAGGAGGUAGAGCCGAAUAAAGGGAAGAUAAAAGUAGUUAAGGUAGUGGAUGGCAUAACAAAGCAAGACACUGGUGAAGAUUGCAAAGCUCAGACUCCCAUUGGAGCUCCAGUGAAUUUGUUUCCUAAAUCUGGUGAAGAUGUUUCAACGAACCAAGACACUAGCAAAGUUGUAGUAUGUGAUGAUGUGAGAGAGGGCAAAGAAGUCAAAGCACCAGAUGCAACAGUAGAAAGUCACUUGGGUGAUGGUGAAUUGCAGACCGAAGAUGAUGAAGGAGCAAAUAAGGCAGAAAAUGAGAUUCCUAAGGAAGAAGACAGAGCGAAAAGGAAGAACUUGUCAGAGGCUGAUGCAACUGUGAUUAUUCAGUCUGCAUAUCAUGGAUUUGAGGUCAGGAAAUGGGAACCAUUGAAGAAACUGAAGCAAAUCGUUGAAGUGAAGGAGCAUGCUGCUCAGAUAACAAGCCGAAUUGAAUCUUUAGAGUCUUCAUUUGAUAUCAGGAGUGAUGACAUGCAAAAGUUGAUAAUUGGAGAAACCAUAAUGAGCCUUCUGCUAAAACUAGACACCAUUCAGGGCUUGCACCCAACUGUCAGGAAUUUUAGCAAAUCCGUGGCAAAGGAGCUUGUGAGCCUGCAAGAGAAACUUGAUUCUCUACCUACCAAUAAAUCCGAAGUGUCAAAUGUGAAACUUGCGGAAGAUCUUUCUAUGAAUGCCAAAGGAGAUUCUUCUUUUGAAGAAACGGGAAAUGGAAACAGCUUUGCUGAGACUCAGAGUAAUCACAGUAACAUAUCUGAUUUAGUAGAGCCUAGUCAAUGUCAAAUUUCCAUUAUCACCGAAGCAACAUCUGGCUCCCAAAUUAUGGAAACUUCAGAGAUGAAGUUGGUUAAGAAAGAAGCAUGCGAGGAAUCUGAAGAUGUUGAAAUUCAAUGUAUAAAGAGAAUUGGCUUGCACCCAACGGUCAGGAAUUUUAGGAAAUCCGUGGCAAAGGAGCUUGUGAGCCUGCAAGAGAAACUUGAUUCUCUACCUACCAAUAAAUCCGAAGUGUCAAAUGUGAAACUUGUGGAAGAUCUUUCUAUGAACGCCAAAGGAGAUUCUUCUUUUGAAGAAACGGGAAAUGGAAACAGCUUUGCUGAGACUCAGAGUAAUCACAGUAACAUAUCUGAUUUAGUAGAGCCUAGUCAAUGUCAAAUUUCCAAUAUCACCGAAGCAACAUCUGGCUCCCAAAUUAUGGAAACUUCAGAAAUGAAGUUGGUUAAGAAAGAAGCAUGCGAGGAAUCUGAAGAUAAAAUUAUAGCAUCUCCACUGCAAAGCAGUCACGAGCUAGUUGAUAAACUGAAAGAUGAUUUGAACAAUGAAGUGAUUGAUGAUGGUGAAAUGAUGAUGUUGAAGGCUCAAACUGAUGGUUCAGAGCUCAAGUUACUUGUUGAACCAAUGCCAUCUGCUGCAGAAGAGAAUGUAGACUCUGCAGUGGUGGGGACAAUGCCUUCUUGUCUGGGUGAUCAGUUGGCAGCAUCACCAGAGUUCAAUCAGGAACUUGUUAUCGAACAGUCUCCGAGGCAUGAGCUAAUUGAAAUAGGGAACUGUGAGGUCCUACAAGGCAAAGGCGAAGUUGAGUCUCAAUCAGCAAUUGGCAUAACCACAUCAAUUGCAGAGGCAAAUCAAGUACAGCAGACACUUGAUGCUCUUAAUGAUGCGUCAGUCAUUGUAGAUCUGAAGCAUGAAAUUGGAGAAGAGAGCGAUUUUGAAGGUCAUGAGGAUGUGAUGGUUGAACAAGAGGAAGCACAAAAAGAAGUUGGUCAUGUUAAUGAGAAUGUGAAAAUCUCCAGGGCAGAUGAUGAGAUUGGUUUAGGGAAUGCACCCAUUGAGGAUGCUAGGCUCAAAAUAGAGGAGUUCACAGUACAAAAACAUGGAGAAGAAAAAAACAAUACCAAUGAGCUCUUGGAUACUUCUGAACCAGAGAAACCUCAGCCACAACUCGCAUUUGCAGAGGAUGAAAUUCAUGAUGGAGAAGCUUGUAAACCAGAGGAACCUCAUGCUGAGUUUUCACCUCUAGAGAAUGAAACCCAUUGUGGAGGGACAGGCUUGAAUUUUAAAGAGCUUGUAUCGGUUGCUGGCAAUGAUAAAGUCACUGAACAGCUUUGUGGGUCUGAAACCUCUAAAGAAGCCCUGAUCGCAACUCAGUUUGUUCCUGCCGAUGCAGAGGAGCUACCUCAGGUUGAAGGAGAGCUUUUCCCAAUGUCUCCAAAUUACAGUCAAGUCUCUUUGGGAAGCAAAAUGGGUUCAGAAAGUGAUGAAAAGUUGGUUGAAGAGAACAAGAUGAGGGAGAUAAUGGAGAAAUUGAUUGAAACUGGGACAGAACAGUUGACUGCGAUAUCUAACCUCUCUAGUAGAGGGAAGGAUUUGGAAAAGAAAUUGGCGAGGAAAAAGAAAUCGAGGACAAGGCGGUUCAGAGCUGGAACUGCCCGUGUUAAACAUGCAAAUGAUGCUCUAAAAGGUACAACACAUGGAAUUGUAGUGUAAGAGUGAAAAUUACAUAUGUGAGUGAUUAUGUUAAAUCUGAUAUGGGAUUGAGUUUUGUUGUAUCCUUCCUUGUAAUAAUAUCUACAACUCUUCUUUGUUUCUUUGUUAUUUUCAUUGAUUGUGUUGGUUUGACA